GAAUGAGUAGGCCAUACUUGAAAGACAAUAUAUUUUAAAUCAGCCAAUGAUUACAUUUAAUGUCAGCUUGACUGUUUUUUUCUUUAUGCCAAAGGAUGCAGGAUAUUAAUACAUACAUAUGUUUGCAUGCUAGUGUCUGUCUCGUGAACAGGCAAGUGUCUCAAUUAAGGGUUAAUUUAUUACUACAAUAACGUAAAAGUAGGUCCAACAUGAUAAAGCGUCAUAGGGAAGGGGGUGUGGACAAAGAGGGUUUUUCUUGUAUAAAUGCGCAAGAUUGUCAAACAGCAAAGUUUCUGCUGAUUCUUACAUCCCAUUGAACUGGUGAUGGGACUGCAAUACGUGUAUUUAUUUUGCUAGACUAAAACAUCUUAAAGGUUUCUGCAAGCAAAUCUUCUGCUAAGCAAUACCGUCCUCAAAUUCAAGUUGACUUUAACGCCAAGGGAAGGGAAGGAACAGGCGUGCCAUCAGAGGGGUGUUAAUGGAGGAGGACUGAAGAUUAUGCUGCUCCUCUAGUUUACUGGAUUUUUUUUUUUUUUUUGUAUAUAUAUAUGUAUUUCCAGUACACGCUGGGAAAGUGAAAGGGAACAGAGGAAGCUUUGACUUGGCAUAGUGGCUUAACCCAAGUAAUAAACACAGUGCUGACUGAAAGACUGCUUUCUCACAAUGCACCUGGAGGUAAAGGUAGCCAUCAACUUCAUCGUGUCCUACCUGUACAACAAGCUUCCCAGACGCCGUGCGGAUUUGUUUGGCGAGGAGCUCGAACAAAUCCUCUUGUCCCGCUUCGAGGGCCACUGGUACUGCGACGCACCUUUGCGUGGAUCGGCCUACCGGUGUCUGCAUCUGGGCCUCGUCAGAGACCCCGUCGUGGAGCUGGCCGCCAAGAGGAGCGGGCUGGACAAAGAGGAGGUGCGUGCGAACGUCCCAGAGGAGUUAGCUGUCUGGAUCGACCCCCACGAGGUGUCCUACCGACUCGGGGAGAGCGGAGCUUUGAAGGUACUGUACUUGGAUGAUCCACUUGGUUUAGGGAGCGAGGGCGUCAUGGCGGAGGAGGGCCUCUUGAGCAAAGGAGACCUCGACCUGGACGAGGUGAGAAGCAGCUUGGGUUUCAACCCAGAGGCCCAGGUUUUUGUGCCGAUCGGCGGCCAGAUGUCACCGGUCCUGCUGCCCUCUCUGUCCAACUCUCCCACCCCCUUGUCUACCUCGUCAUGCCAUGGCUUGUACGGCUACUCGGCAUCUAGCACCCCCUCCGCCCACUCCGCCCACUCCUCAAACACGUCCACGCCAUCGCCACCCAGUGCUGCACUUCCCUACCUGCAGGCCCAGCCAAAUACUCGGCCGCCUCCUCAGCCCAUCACUUUCACCACAGCCACCUUCGCUGCCACAAAGUUUGGCUCCACCAAGAUGAAGAAGUCCAGUAUCGCUGGAUCCACUGUGGUACCCGGUAUGGGCGUGCCUCAGCCUCAGCAGCAGCAGCCCCAGCCGCAGAUGCAGAUGCUCAGCCGCUCCCCCACCACCGUAAUCUCCCCUCCGGGGCUUCUGAAGCACAAGUCCCUCUCCCUCUCUCUGCACUCGCUGGGAGGGGGCCCCAUGUCCAGCCAGCUCUCCCCUAACGCCAAAGAGUUUGUUUAUCCAUCCACGCAAGGCCACCCCCUCUACUUUGAUGUUGAUACUCCUCCAACCUUGCCACCACCUCACACCAGCCCCUUCCAGGCUGCGCCUGCUCACACUCACCCCCACGCCCACACCCACACCCACCCGUCCUUCGACCCGUUUUCUAGCAGCCCUCCUCCAGGUCAAGCUGCUGUCGGCGGCAUCAUCAAUGCCAACGCGGGGAUCUCGUUUGUGGAGAAACCCACGUUUGUCGAUGGUCUAAGUGGGUAUAACCUGCAGUAUCCCAACCAAGCCUUCCAGCCUGUGGUUCUGGCCAAUUAACCCUUCUAUCUUUUGAUCCAAAAUAUCAGCAUAAAGGUAGUAGUAGUCGUCUUUGAGGACCUUUUCCCCCUCUUCUCAAUGAGUUAUUGUUACUACUAACACAGCAUAGCUAAGAGCUUAGAGCGAGUAUUAAGACUACUACAGAUGCGACUACUUUAUGUGACUGUCAUAUCACUCAUUACUUUCUGUUGUUGUUUUUGUUUUUGUACCUGAGGAGUAAGUAAACAGCCUCUUGUGUCUCAAGCAGGUGUCUCAAGUUAAAUGUUGGCCAUUCUUGCACUUUUUUUUUUUUUUAUUAUUAUUAUUUAUUUAUUUUUUUUAAAUGAAGACCUACAGCCACUAACGCUACAGUGACGCGGGGUUAUCAUUGUCAAGUUUGUACUGCACCUUCCUGAGCAGAUGAUGAUUUAGAUGGUUCUGGAAAGCUACGCUAUGUCUCCUGCUGUGUCAGACCUGAGUAACGAUGAUUCUCUCUCCGAGAUGAUCACCAAUGAUGCACUUUUUUUCCCCCUGUUUUUGUGCCAACAUUUAUUUUCAUCUGGUUUUAUUUGAGGCUCGUGACCUUAAGUCAGCCUUUGUCCAGAGGACAUGAUUUUGGUUGAGUUAAUACUGCACCUGUGCACCUGUGCACGCACACAUACAUGCAUAUUGUGAACUUUGAUUGUGUCAGGACUAUUCUGGUGGUUGAAUGUGAAGUGUUUGUAUGUAUGCAAUUUACAAGUGUUGGUCAUGUCCCCUAAGAAGGGUUUUUUGAGGUGGUGCAAUUUCAGUGUGUUUGGCAAGGAAUUCCGUAGAAAUUGUAAUAAGUGACAGACAAAAAAAAAAAAACCCAUCAAGGAUUCGGAUUCUGUGAAAGAUGAGAUGGCCCAUCAAGCCUUUAGGUAUAACAGCCAACUGAUGUGUUUUCUGCCUCUCCUUCCAACACACUGGCAUGCACACAAGCAUCACAAUCCCAGUCAUCAGAGCAUGAAGGUGAGCGGGCGGGCGGUAUUGGAGGGGGGGAUGGGGGAGGGCGGGCGGUAUUGAGAGGAUGGGGGGAUGGGGAUCGCUGCUAGAAGCAGGGAUUGUGAUAAAUGGCUUAGUGUGUGACUUUGACUAUGAAGAUUUUACUCUACAAGGAGAGGAGGAGGCGGAGAAAAGGGACGAGGUCAACCAGAGGCGUCAGUAAAAGCUUUUUGCCAUAAUGUCUGCACUGCUUGUGCUGCAGUGUGUAGAGGCUCUUUUUAAAAGAAGACAAAAAAAGAAAGACAAAAAAAAUAACCUUUUGCACAUUUUUUUUUUGGUGAGUGAUGCAGUAGAUAUUUUUCACUGCUCAGAUGUGAGGGCAAGAGCAAUGCAAUGGAGGACGACAUAUUUCAAGACGGUGAAUGUUGCCUGUUCAUUUAAUUUAUACGGCGUGCAAGAGCCCUUCUUGCUCACUGAGAUUUUGUCUGAUUCGGGGGAAAGGGCAUGAGAUUGAGUCCUAUUCAGGAGGAAAAAUGGGGAAAGCCAUAAUAUCAUCCACUCCGUGUUGUGUUGUCUUUGGAUCAGAUGAGUGUUGUGUUGGAUUAGGGUUUGUUGAGUGAAGAGGUGCUCCUUAUCCUUAAUCUGAAUGUUUUUGUGCCCAAAUCGUGCCCAAAUUGUGCCCAUGAAUAUGUUCUGCGUAAGCUACCCUGUAAGGCCCUUGACUUCUUCUCAUACUGACGUCGCCCUUUCAGCAGUCCCAGGCCUUUUUUUUUGGUUUAGAUGUGGCUGGUUGGGUACUGCUCUGUUUGUAAGUGUUUAAGAUUGGGUGAAAUAGGGGGUAAUUUUUUUACAUUCAUUUGUAAUUUAUUUACAAUUUUCUAUAUUUUCCUGUGUGUUUUUUGAAAGGAAAAAUAUCUACAACAUUUAUAAAAAAAAAGUAUGACAUGAAUAUGUAUAGAUUUCUUAUGUUUAAAUAUCCUUUCUUUAGUUUCUUAUGUGCUGAAGUUAUUUUUUCAGAGUAACUAUAAAUAAAUAUAUAUAUAUAUGCAAGAAGAGACAAGUAAAAUGUGUAAAACAAAGUAUUGAAUGUGUAUUGUAUCUUGUAUAGAGUUUGUUUAAUAAAAGACGGGUAAUAUAUAUUAUGUCUUCAUCUGAGGGGUUUCUUUCAAGAGUUUCAGGAACGAAUGUUUACAAAUAGGGUUGGUAUUUCCUUUUUUUGUUUUUCUUAAAUCUUGGAAAUGCAUUAGUCGUCUUCUGUGUGCUCUAAAGGCGGUCUGAACAGCAUCCUACCAAUUUACCAACCAAUUACUUUUCUCACCAAUUCACCAACAUGACCGGGCGGCGGGCACAGACUUGUUUCCGGAUUAUUCUAUCUAGAUCCCAUUGAAAGUACAAUGGUGGUGUUGGGUCCAUUGGCAGGCACAGUGUGCUCUGCUCAAAAUGGUGGCCAAGCCAUUGGUCUGCAUAGGCUGGGAGCAACACAGUCAUAGUAAUCUGACCUCUGACCCCUGACCCCGAGGCCACCAGAAUAAGCCUUUUGUUGUGGUCACCUUCCCGAUACAGUCCCAACACCAGAAUGUCUGAGAGCUCACAGACGACCAUGUGCAAUGUGGAAAGCUGUUUUGGACCAUUUUUAAAUGUGUGUGUCACUCAUCAUCAAUCCCCACACCACGUUCCUUUCAGACAUGGACAUAGUGUUGUAAGUGGGUUGAGAAGGGGGAAAAAUGAAUGUGCUGUGAAUGUCUUUGGGAUCAGGGAAGGGCAAUCCUGGUCUCUUGUCAAGGGCCCCCAGUGAACACACUACUGACUGAGGCAUUUCCUUAAAAUCUCUUCGUUUAGUCAAAUUUCUCUAAAACCCCAAAAUGGCACAGGGCCAUAUAGUGCUCUAGCUCGCCGCCCUGCACUCAACAAUUGAGUGAGAUUAAGUCCAGUUAAUCACAAAUGGGCCACACUUCGGUCCUUUGAGUUUUUGGAGGUGAAAAGGCUUCGGGUUCUUGAAGUGCUUGGGGCAAUGAGGAGGGUAAGUAUCAAGGAUCACAGGAAGUGGAGGGUGUGUGUGUGUGUGUGUCUGUGUCUGUGUCUGUGUCUGUGUCUCUCUGUGUGUGUGUGUGUGUGUGUGUGUGUGUGUGUGUGUGUGCCUGGGCAGUUCAAACUCAUAUGUUUUCCUACGGCCAGUGUCCGAUAUGCCGAGCUUCUUUGCUUUGCUAUGGGGGUUUCACAUAUUGCCAUCUGCUGCUACAAACUACAUAAUGCGUUGUACUCUUAGCUCAGUCCCUAUGAGGAUUUGCAAUGAUUUUGUGCAUUUAAAAAAAAAAAAAAAAAAAAAAAGUGAAUCAUCCGUGUCCUACGCCAGUAAUUAUAUGCAAGAUUUAUUUAUUUAUUAUUUAUUUAUUUAUUUUCACACCUAACACUUAGUGGGGCCCUGCCUGUGACCAAGAAUGUCUUGACCUGAGGGGAAAACAUUAGUUUUGUAUUUGAACAUAUAUUGCAUAUAUUGUACUGUAUUUUAGUUUGCAUACUCUGGAGUAUUUUGUUGAGACAAAUACAAGUUUAUUUUAUAUGUAAUUUAGCUUUCAAGAACAUAUAUGAGAGAAAAUUAGAUAUAUUAUUAUAAUGCUUUUCUUUUUUUUGCCUGAAUUUUGUUAUAGUUUUUGUCCUAUUUUCUAUUUGAUUGAUUGUUCUAUUUGAAUCUUUCACAAACAAAAUGCAAUGACCUUUUUUCUGUGCUCCCCCUAAACGGGGACUUACUACAGCUGUUUCUUAUCGUAUGAGAGUCUUUUUUUAAAGUUUGUAAUAAAAUGGUGACAUGGAUGCAUGGUAAAUAAA